AUGUAUGCCUUUCAGUUCGGCUCGAAAGAUGACCCAAAUAUAUUGACUGUGCCCACUGCCCUAAUUGGACUAGCCUCAGAUGCACAAUCCGGAGGUUCUAUGUUUGAACUCAAAAUUGAUGGAAUUUUUGGAUUGGGCCCUCCAAGAAGUGAUGAUCUCUGUGGCUUUGAAUCUCCUCUAUACACUGCAUAUCAUAAUAAAUUAAUUAAUAAAAGUAUUUUUUCUGUGUAUAUGCACAACUCGAAGGAUUCUGGAAAUGGAGAAUAUGGUGGAGGUGAGAAAGGAUUACAGGGUGCGGCAAAAGUUCCCGUACUUUUGUUAAGCAUAGAUUUUUUGUUAAGCAUACUUUUCCAUAGAUUUUAUAAAAUUAAAAAAAAUAUUUGA